CGGCGCUCGCACGGCGGGCGAACCACGGCCGGCGAGCCAUGGCGGAGACGGAAGCCAGCCUGUUGCGCCAGUGCCCGCUGCUUCUGCCCCAGAACCGGGCGAAAACCGUGUAUGAAGGAUUCAUUUCGGCUCAGCUCUCUAAAAGGACUUGAUGUGGGAGCCCGAGAGUGGAAAUCACUGAAAAGUGGUUUAUAUUUUUCUUCUUACAGGGAAGAGAUUUCCACCUUAGAAUAUUGUUGCCUAAAGAUUUACAACUGAGGAAUGCAAGAUUACUAUGUAGUUGGCAGCUGAGAACAAUACUAAAUGGAUAUCACCAAGUAGUACAACAGAGAAUGCAGCACUCUCCUGAUCUAAUGAGCUUUAUGAUGGAGUUGAAGAUGGUUUUGGAGGUUGCUUUAAAGAAUAAACAAGAGCUACCUGUCCUACCUCCUCCUCCCCAGUACUACUCAAGCCUCAUUGAAGAGAUAGGAGCUCUUGGUUGGGAUAAGCUGGUAUAUGUGGAUACUGGCUUUAGUACCAUCAAGUUAAAAGCCGAAGAUGCUUCUGGUAGAGAGCAUCUAAUCACUGUCAAGUUGAAGGCAAAGUACCCUGCAGAAUCACCAGAUUGUAUUGUGGAUUUUCCUGUUUCAUUUUCUGUUUCGUGGACACCACAGAGCUCCUUAAUAAGCAUUCAUAGUCAGUUUUUGGCAGCAUUAGAAUCACUGAAGGCAUUCUGGGAUGUUAUGGAUGAAAUUGAUGAGAAGACUUGGGUACUUGAGCCAGAAAGACCUACGCGGGGUGCGACUGCACGCAGAAUUGCAUUAGGGAAUAAUGCUUCGAUAAAUAUAGAGGUAGACCCCAGACAUCCUACUAUGCUUCCUGAGUGCUGCUUUCUUGGAGCUGACCAUGUGAUAAAACCCCUGGGAAUUAAGCUGAGCAGAAACAUACAUUUGUGGGAUCCAGAAAAUAGUCUGUUACAAAAUUUGAAAGAUGUUUUAGAAAUUGAUUUUCCAGCUCGUGCUAUCCUGGAAAAAUCUGAUUUUUCUAUGGAUUGCGGAAUUUGUUAUGCCUAUCAACUUGAUGGUGCCAUUCCUGAUCACGUGUGUGAUAAUUCACAGUGUGGACAGUCUUUCCAUCAAAUAUGCUUAUAUGAGUGGUUAAGAGGACUGCUGACUAGUAGACAGAGUUUUAACAUCAUAUUUGGUGAAUGUCCAUACUGUAGUAAGAUUUCUCCUUUGAUCAAAAAAAGGUUAACCCCUUAUCUAGAUUUCUUAGGUGAUAUGAAACUUAAAAAGUAUUUUCUGAACUGUAUCAUUACACCAUUUCUAAUAUAAAACAUUCUCUUUUUAUAAGCCAAUUACCUUGAAAAUGUCUGGGAGAAAACCCUGAAGUAAGAAUGCAACAUUUCUGUGAAAAACUGGAAACCUUAAAAAGGAUUUUAUUUGAUAUCUUCAGAGAAAGUAUAAAGCAAGACAUACUAAUAUGAAAAGAAAAACAAUGGUGAUGCCAUAAUAAUAUACAUCUGAUUUUGUCUCUUCACUAAGAGUAUGCCAGAAUCCUGUAGAACUUUCUAAUUCUGUGACCUCCAUACCAGUUGUAGAAGCGUCUGUGUACCAAGAUGGAGAUCUUGACUUACUGAACAUAUCUGGACUGGUAAAAUCUUGAUGGGGUUCAUCAAAUGAAUUUGGGAGUUGCACACAGCUGGAUAUUUGUGGAGAAGUUUUUACUGCAUUCAGACAUUCUUGAGACUCACAGUAUUUUUGUCUUCUCCUUGUGCUUUCCUAUGGGCAGAUACAUACAUUGUGUGUUAAAUUUGAGCUGUGUAAGGUUUGAGUUAUCAAAGUAUUUAUUUUGUGUACUCUGUAAGAAUGCUAAGUAAAACUUGUUAUACAAGAUCAAAUUGUACAAGAUUAAGUUUUUGUGUGCUUUUUAUUUUUCCUGAAGUUAUUAUGUUCAAGUGUAUAUAUAAAAGUACUUACCAAUAUCAAACAACCAAAUCUGGUUAAUGUAAGUAGGCCCAUUUCUUAAAUAAUUUACAAUCUAAAAAUAGGACAGAAUAUUAAAAAAUGAAUUUUUUGGAAGACAAAAAUAAAACCAGGCUUAGGGAUAAGACUGUCAUACAGUUAGAAGGCUUUUUGGUCAGUAAUAAUGAAUAAUGCUAGAGGUACUGGUGCAAGUAUCCUGUGCCCACAGAGUGGCGCCAACCAGUGACCCAGUAAAACUAUUUGUACAGAAAGCUGAAUCCAAGAAGAUGGCGGAGUAUUAGGACCAUGAGCUUGCCUCACCUUGCGACUACAACAGAACCACAACCGACUAUUGAACAGCCAUCAAGAAAAAAGAUCUUCAACUGGAAACAGAGAGGGAACCACAGCAGGAAGAAAUUAGAAGAUCUCUCAACUAAUUUAUGAGGCCAGCAAUACCUGGUUACAAAACUGGACGAAGACAAUAAAAUGAAAACUACAGACCAAUAGUCUUCAUUAGAUAUGCAAACGUUCUCAACAAAAUACCAGCAAACUGAAUCCGAUGACGUAUGAAAAGAAUAAUACACCAUAGCCAAGUGGGGUUGAUUCAAGGAAUGUAAGAUUAGUUCAAUAUUCAAACACUAAUCAGUGUCAUCCACCAUGGUAAUACCAUAAAGAUGAAACAUCAGAUGAUCGUAUUAAUUGAUACAGAAAAUGCAUUUGACAAUAUUCAGCACCCAUUAAUGAUAACUCUUAAUACACUAGAAAUGGAGAGGAGCUUCAUCAACAGCUUUAUCAAAGAAUAUCUACCAAAAAUCUACAAUUAACAUCACACUAAACGAUGAGAGGCCAAAAACUGGAAACAACUCACAUGUUCUUCAACACUACAUCCAUACCUCAGAAUGCAACUUAGCAAUAAAAUGGAAUCAUCCAUCAGUACAUGCAAAAUUUGGGUGUUAUGGUGAAAGAAAGCCAAUCUCAACAAGCUACAGUCUAUAAUUUGAUUUAUACUGACGUGCCCCAAAUGGCAAAAUUAGUGAUGCAAACAGACCAAUGCUUGCCAGGAUUUAGGACUGGGGAGAUGGUGUCACUAUAAAGCAACAUGAAUAUCAAGUUACCAUUAUCAGGAAUGAAAAAUUACCAGUAUCAGGAAUGAAUACUGAAGAUGUUAAACGCAUAAUAAGAGAAUAUCAUGAACUGUAUAGAGCUGACAAAUUUGACAACUUAGAUGAAAUGGACAAAUUUCUUGGAAGAUCAAAUUGCCAAUCCUGACUCAAGAAAAUCUAAUUAUCACUACUAUCUGUGAUAGAGAGUAAACUGAUAAUUUAAAAUUUUAUUCCAACAAAACUCUAGACCUAGAUGGUUUUCUUGCUAAAUAUUGUCACUUAUGAAAAACAAGUCCUAUAAAAACAUUUUCUGAAAAGACACUUCCCUCUCAUGUAACUUUUAGAGACCAGAAAACAAAACCAUACAAGGAUACUAUGAGAGAAGAAAACUACAGACCAAUAUCUCUCAUCAAUAUAGAUAUAAAAAUCCAUAAUAGAAAAAUAGCAAAUUGAAUUCAGUAUGACAACACAUCAUGACUAAGUGGGGUUUAUUCCAAAAAUAAAAGGUUAACAUUCAAAAAUCAAUGUAACUCCUUAUACUAGUAAAGGAGAAAAAUCAUAUGAUCAUCUCAACAGAUCACAGAAAACAACUUAUUACCCAUUUAUGACUUAAAGUUAUUCUUCAGCAAACUACAAAUACUCUGAAAUUUCCUCAGUGUGAGAAAGAGCAUUUAGGAAAAACCUACAGCUAACAUCAUACUUAAUGGUGAAAGAAAGAAGAAAGAUCCCUGAGAUCAGGAACAUAACAAGGAUGCCCACUCUCAUUACUUCUAUUGAAUGUAGUAUUAGGGGUCCCAGCAGCUGUAAUAAGAGAUAAAAGAAGUAAAUGAAAGGCAUACAUCUUGGAAAGGAAGAAGUAAGAUUCUAUUGACAGACAACAUGACUGACCAUGCGGAAAAUCCUAAGAAUACACAAGAACUACUAGAACUAACAAGUGAAUUUUAGGGAGAUCCCAAGACACAAGGUCAGCAUACAAAAUCAAUGUAUUUCUAUAUACCAAUAAAUAAAUGGAAUAUGAAUUUUUUUAAAUGACAUUUACAAUAGGAUUAAAAAACAAAAUACCUGGAGAUAACUUUUAAUGUGUAGGAUAUCUACACUAAAAACUACAAAACAUUGUUGAAAUAAGUUAAAGAAGAUCUACAUAAAUGGGGAAAAGUAUCAGGUUCAUGCAUUGGAGGAUUCAGUGUUGUUGGGAUUUCAGUUCCCCUGAUACUGAUCUUUACAUGUGGUAUAGUAUCAAUUAAGAUCUCAUUGUGCUGCUCAGUAGAAAUUGACAAGGUGAUUCCUAAAUUUUUAUGGAGGGGACCAGGACCUAAAAUGGCUAUGGCACCUUUGAAGAAAAGAAAGGGGCUGAAGGACUUAAACUACCUAAUUAAACUACCUAAUUUCACAACCUGCUAUAAAGCUAUAGUAAUUGGUGCAGUACGGUUUGGGUUUAAGGACAAAUAGAUUGAUAGAAAAGAGAAUCCAGAAAUAGUUCCAUGCUUAUACAGCUGAUUUUUCAAAAAGGCCCCAAAGAAAUUUAAUUAGGAAGAGGAAAAUCUUAAACAAACCGAGCUGGGGUAACUGGCUUUUUUCUAUGCAAAAGAAUGAAUCUCAACCCCUACCUCACAUCAUACCCAGCUGGUUUGAGAUGGCUCAUUGACCCAGACAUGAAAGCUAAAAUUAUAAACCUUCUAAAAAGUAUACAGCAAAAUAACUCUGUGACCCUGAGGUAGGCAAAGAUUUCUUAAUUUUUUUUCUGUAAAGAAACCUAAGGAAAAAAAAAACUGAUAAGCUGAACUUCAAAUAAAAAAGUUUCUGCUCAUCAAAGAUACUUAAAUAAACAAAUAGGCAGGCUGCACACUAGGAGAACAUUUCCACAAUGUAGAUACUGGACAGGAGACUUAUAUGUGGAAUAUAGAGAGAAUUUCUACAGCUUAAUAAAAAGACAAUCAUCCAAACAAAAAUGGACAAAAUACUUGAAAAGACAUUUCACAGAAGACGAUACAUGAAUGGGCAGUCAGCAGGAAAAGGUGCUCACAAUUAUUAGUCAUCAGGUAAAUGAUAAUUGGAAUCACCAUGAGACACUAAUACACACACACUGGAGUGGCUAAAAUUAAAAAAACGACUGACAAACUCCAAAUAAUGGGGAGGAUGUGGAGUGCCUGGAACUCACAUACGUUACUGGUGGGAAUAUAAAAUGGGAAGUAUUUGUCAGCUUUUUAUGAAGUUAAACAUUUAUCUGCCCCAUGACCCAGCAAUUCCACUUCUCAGGACAAACAAAACAUGUCCAUAGACGGACUUGCAUCAGAAUAUUCAUAGCAACUAUAUUCAUGGCUACAGCCAGGUGCAGCCCAGGUGUCCACUAAUAGGAGAAUGGAUAUGCAAAUUAUGAUGUAGCUAUACUACGGAGUACUACUCAACAAGAAAAAGAACAAAUGCAAGAGUAUGGGUAAACUUCAAAAAUAACAUGCUCAGAGAAGGAAGCCAGACACAUACUGUAUGAGUAUGUGUAUGUGAAAUUCUAGAAGAGGCAAAACUAAUCUAGUGGUGAAGUCAGAAUAUCAGAAAAGUGGUUGUUUCUGGGAGAAGGGGACUGACAUGACAGAAAAGGAACAAAGAACUUUCUGGAGUAAUAAAAUCUACACACACCUAUCGCAUUGCCACCCCAAUGAAAAUGAAUCCAUUUCUUUGCUUGCAACCCAGGCAUCAGUAUUCUUAUAGUCCUGCCUCCCUCCACACACAGGUGAUACUGGCUGAAAAAGGGCACUCAAUCUAAAUUUUGUCACCAAGCAAUAUCUGUCUUUGAUUUUAGAAAUGGGAACUAUAAAAAGUGUCCAUUUGAAGUAGAUUCCUUCAUAUCAACUUAAAAAAUAAAA